CGUCUACCCGAGCACUGCAACGCCGCUGGAUAUCCGUUGCCGGCGAGCAAACACCACUGACUUCCACAUGAGCAUUAGAGUACCUUAUCAUCCAGAGACUGAAUAAAAGGCCGGGAGCGCUUAGGAUUGAAUUCACGUGUCAUGCUAUCAAAUGCAGACUUUCUUCUGCAGAACUCUGUGUUCAAUUGGGAGGAGCUUCCCAGUAAUCGCUCCCAGGACGGGUUAUGUUAACAGAUACACCUCCACUGGGUUGUUCAUCAAUUACUCUCAAUCUGGAAGUUUUAAAAAGGGUUAUUGUUCUUUAUCUUCCAACAGUACUAUUUCUGGUGUUAUUACUGAAAGGGAAAGAAAAAUUCAAAAUAAUGUAUUAUCGGAUUCCAAUGUUCAUGAUAAAUGUGGGAUAGUUGAAUCUCACUCCGGGAAUGGGAGAGUAAUGCUAAUUGAUGGGACGUCUGUUAUAUACCGAGCUUACUACCGGCUUCUUGCUAAACUGCACCAUGGUCACCUUUCCCAUGCUGAUGGCAAUGGAGAUUGGGUCUUAACUAUAUUUACAGCCUUGUCACUUAUUAUUGACGUGUUGGAAUUUGCUCCUUCACAUGUGGUGGUUGUUUUUGACCAUUAUGGAUUUCCAUUUGGUCAUACAUCUGUGACACCCAAUCAAAAUAUUAUUGCAAAAGGCAUCAAUUUUCGUCACAACUUAUACCCUGCAUACAAAAGCAAUCGCCCUCCUACACCUGAUACUAUUGUGCAAGGACUUCAGUUUCUGAAAGCAUCCAUAAAAGCAAUGUCAAUCAAAGUGAUUGAGGUCCCUGGGGUCGAAGCCGAUGAUGUAAUUGGGACAUUGGCUGCUAGGAGUGUAGAUGCUGGUUACAAGGUUAGAGUUGUCUCUCCAGACAAAGAUUUUUUCCAGAUUCUAUCCCCUUCAUUGCGUCUUUUGCGAAUUGCUCCCCGUGGGUUUGAGAUGGUUUCAUUUGGGAUGGAAGAUUUUGGUAAGAAGUACGGAGGAUUGCAGCCUCCACAAUUUGUUGAUGUAAUCUCACUUGUGGGUGAUAAGUGUGAUAAUAUACCUGGGGUCUCUGGGAUUGGAGACAUUAAUGCUACACAGCUUAUCAUGAAAUUUGGUACACUUGAAAACUUGCUUGAUUGUGUUGAACAAGUUGAGGAUGGGAAAAUCAGGGAGGCAUUAAUAUCAAAUGCUGAACUUGCCAUACUAAGUAAGAAUCUGGCUUUGUUACGUUGUGAUCUUCCAUAUUACAUGGUCCCUUUUGCCCCCAACGAUAUGUUAUUCAGGAAGCCAGUAGACAAUGGGGAGAAGUUUACGAGCCUAUUGAGAGCGAUAAGUGCUUAUGCUGAAGGGUUUUCUGCGGAUUCCAUCAUUCAAAGAGCAUUUUGUCUUUGGAAGAAGCUGGAAAGGCAACAGAUGUGAUGAACUUGGCUCUACUGUCUCAAAGUUGCUGAUGGAUGGAGACUUCUCUUCUUUUGCUGGCUGUAGUCACAAAGCACAGAGGUUUUUUUUAGGUUUUGUUAUUUUAGCAUGUGUGCGAAGGACUCAACGGUGAUGUGAUUCUUGCUAGGUCAAGUUUACAACGAGUUAAAGAAAAGUGUUAAAAAGUAAAAAAGUUAGUAAUUGUAAUUUAUUUACAAGGUCGUGAGACACUUGUUGCUUUCCUUAACAAGAAAGUGGAAAAUCCUAAAUUUUAUUUUGUGACAUCCCAAAAUUGAAAGUGUAAAUUUUAUUUUGGAACAAAACAUGUACCGAAUAUGUCAUUAACAAAUAAUAUUACUCCCUCCUUCCAAUGAAAAGAGUCUAGUUUU